UGUUAUUUUGUGAAGGAAUGAAAACAAUUCUAUAUGGAAUGGGUUGGGAAUUAUGCCUAGAUCCCGCGCAAAUGGAAAUUUCAUUGAUAAGACCUCCUCAAUUGUAGCCAAUAUUUUAUUGCGAAUAAUUCCGACAACCUCAGGAGAAAAAAAGGCAUUUACUUAUUAUAGAGAUGGGAUGUUGGCUCAAUCCGAAGGAAAUUAUGCGGAAGCUUUGCAAAAUUAUUAUGAAGCUACGCGACUAGAAAUCGAUCCCUAUGAUCGAAGUUAUAUACUCUAUAACAUAGGCCUUAUACACACAAGCAAUGGAGAGCAUACAAAGGCUUUGGAAUAUUAUUUUUGGGCACUAGAACGAAACCCCUUCUUACCGCAAGCUUUCUAUACGGUUCUAAGGGAAGGAACCUCCUAUUCCGACCGAGGAGAACAGGCCAUUCUACAGGGUGAUUCGGAAAUUGCGGAAGCUUGGUUUGAUCAAGCUGCUGAGUAUUGGAAACAAGCUAUAGCGCUUACUCCGGGAAAUUAUAUUGAAGCACAGAACUGGUUGAAGAUUACGAAGCGCUUUGAAUUUGAAUACUACUGA